UCUCUCUCUCUCUCUCUCUCUCUCUUUCACGGUUUCACCCCGCUCCCUCACUCUUCGCCCUAACCCUUGCAAAACCCUAGCCAUGGCGGUUUCCUAAGAUCUAGGGUUUCCCCUUUCCCCUUUUGGUCCCCACUUCUCUUCCCCUCCUAAGCUUAAAUCCCAAAUCCCAUCAUCUUCUAGGGUUUUCAUCUUUCCUCAUCUACGAUUUGUCCCUAGUUUCGAGCUCGAAUUAGAACCCUAGGAUCACGAUAUGGACGACGCUUUCGAGGAUGAGGCGGAGCCGACGAUCACGAUCGGAGAGUACAUCGACGAGAUCGAAGCCGCGGAGCGGGAGGCCGAUUUGGUGCUGGGAGGGGACGAGGGCAAUGAGUGCACUUAUGCGAGCGGGUACAUGAAGAGGCAAGCGAUCUUCUCGUGCUUGACUUGUGUUCCUGGUGGAAACGCCGGGGUUUGCACGGCUUGUAGCCUAACCUGCCACGAUGGCCAUGAGAUCGUUGAGUUGUGGACCAAGAGAAAGUUCCGAUGCGAUUGUGGUAAUUCAAAGUUUGGGGAUUUUGUUUGCAAGCUUUAUGCAAAUAAAGACCCUGAAAACCCAGAGAACUCCUACAACCAUAAUUUUAAAGGCGCUUACUGCACAUGUGGUCGCCCUUACCCUGAUCCAGAUACGGAGGAGCAAGUUGAAAUGAUACAAUGCUGCAUUUGCGAGGAUUGGUUUCAUGAAAAUCAUCUUGGCCUCAAUAGUAUUGAUGAGAUCCCAAGAGAUGAUGAAGGGGAAACGCUUUAUGAGGAUUUCAUCUGCCAAAAGUGUGCAGUUACAUUUUCUUUCUUAAAACUUUAUCCUCCUUCAAUUUGGGCUUCUCCGAAGCAGAAAAAUGCACUCCACAUAAGCAGUGAUGACCCAAAUGUGCUGGAACAUGGAUCUUCAUCUUCUUCUAAUCCAGAAGAUAUCGACAAUGGUGUUGUAGUCUGUAAAAUUUCAGAGAAUGACUUAAAUACUGAUUCUAAAUGUGAGAAUGUUUCUAAUGAGGACUCUAUUUGUAGUAAAAUUACAGAUAAUAAUACAACCUUGAUGGAGCCCAAAACAAGUGAUCAUAAUGUAGAGCUAGAUUUGAAAUGCAGUCUUGAAGUUGAUAUUAAUGCGACGACCCUUGAGUUGGAUAGAGAAGGGCCCUUGUUUCUUUCUAGAAAAUGGAGAGAUGUUCUAUGCAAAUGCCAGGCUUGCACUAACUUCUAUAGUCAGAAAGGUGUUGCGUAUCUCAUAGACCAGGAAGACUCAAUUGAGGAAUAUGAGAAAAUGGCAAAGCAGAAAAGGGCGAAAACGUUGGAGCAGCAGAAAGGAGCUGAAUUAAAUUUUCUCAACAAUCUCAACCAUAUUCAAAAGAUAGAGAUCUUGGGUGCCUUAACUGACAUGGAAGACGAGUUCCGGUCCUUUUUGCAAUCAUAUGAUUCAUCAAAACCGGUCACAUCUGAAGAUAUUCGAGGCAUUUUUGAGAAUCUUGCGAAGAAGAAAAAACAAAGGUUCUCAUAAGUUUUCUUCCAUCCCUCAUGUUUCGAGAGUAUUUGCUGCACCUGCUGUUAAGUUGAAUGUUGGGCAGUAAGUUCACUAAUCAGCAGGUUGUAAAGUUGGUUCGAGAUACAUGUUGUGACAUCAAACAUGCUUCUCUAGUCUAUGUUGUGAGACUCCUUUUCAUAUUGUCAGAGUUUCUCUGUUUUAAGUAUAAUGACUAUUUAGUUAUGUUUAGAAUUAGAUCUGCAUAUACAUAUCUAACUUAGUUA